UUCAGCAAUAAUAAUUAAUAUUCAUUAUAGUUCUCUUUUUUUUACUGUGGCCAUCCAGUGAUCGAUAAUACAUAUUAUGUUCAAAAGUGUUUUUUAUUUAAGACAAAAUCCCGAAGUUACCGUAGAAAUGUUUUAUUGAAAGUAUUUAAUUGGUGAAUUAAUUUCAAAAAACGGGACGUUCCAGUCUGUCUGUGUAAAAAUGCGAUGUGAUAAAUCAAUGAAAUUUUUUGCCUUGAUAUUAUUUUGGGUGUUUAUUUUGAACUCAGUGUUAGCUGAUUUGGGUAAUCCAUACAAAAUUCUGGGAGUCGAUCGUAAAGCUACACUGCAACAGAUUCGUAAGGCCUACAAGCAACUGGCCAAAGAAUGGCAUCCCGACAAAAGUGAUAAUCCGAGUGCAGAAGAGAAAUUUGUUGAAAUCAAAAAGGCUUAUGAACUGUUGGCGGAUACAGAACGGCGUGAAGCGUAUGAUUUGCAUGGCAUCACGAACGAAGACGCUAAUAUAUUUAAAGGGAGUCAUGAUUACAGUCACUACGGUCGAUUCGCGACCGAUCCGUUUCAGGAAUUUUUCGGUCAGCGCAACUCCGAUAUCAGUCUUUUGCAUAAAUUAUCCAUCACUUCCAAAUAUUACGAGACUCAUGUCAUUCCAAAUAGCAGUACAACUCCAUAUAUGUUAAUGUUCUAUGCUGAUUGGUGCUUUACCUGCUCGAAAGCGGCUGGCAUCUUCAAGAAAAUGAUCGACAAUUUGGAACCGCUAGGAGUUGUCUUCGCAACGGUAAACACUGGCCAUGAAGAGUCGCUUUUGCGAAAGACGGGCGUUCAUUCAUUACCAUGCAUCGUACUGGUAUUGGAUGGAAAGAACUAUGUGUACAAAGACAGUGUGUUCAGUGUGCAGAAAGUGGUGGAUUUUAUGCGAAUCAAAUUGCCAUACAAACUGAUCCAACCGAUUAACGACAACAAUGUCGAUGAAUUUUUGAGUGGAUGGAAUGACAAUCGAGUUCGUGGACUCGUCAUGGAGCCGAGAACACAGCCAAGGUUACGUUACUUGAUCAGCGCCUUUCAUUAUCGACAUCGUGUCGCUUUCGGCUUUGUUCAGUUAAAUUCUAAAGAUUCAGCCAUGAUCCAAGAGCGAUACAAAGUACAUCCCAGUCUGGACACCGUUUUAUUGUUCAACGAAGACAUAGUACGCCCGGUCGCUAGUGUUUCUAUGUCCGAUAUUCCAACACAGCUAUUGAACAAUGUCAUAGCUACGAAUCAAUAUCUAGCACUGCCAAGACUUUCGUCGCAGGACUUGCUGGAAGGAAUAUGUCCAGCUGAAUGGAAUCGUCCCCGGAAGCGUUUGUGCGUGAUUCUGGUUACCGAAAAUACGGAAAUGCAUGACGAGGCUAGAGACGCACUACGGAAAAUUGCCUUAGAAUCGGGCUUCAGUGCGGAGAGGGUCCGGUUCGCGUAUAUUUAUCAGGAAAAACAAACCGAUUUCGUCAAUGCACUGACGAAAGACGGCGAAGACACACUAUUGCGGCUGGUGAUCAUCUGGCGUCGUGACACAUCGCACAUUAAGUACGAGUGGGUCAGUGGCGCAUCGUUGCAUAUUAAACGACAGGACAAUGAAACGGCUGAAUAUAAUUUCAAUGUUACCAAGCAGAAAUUGGAUAACACCAUUCAGCGACUACUGCGAGCCUCAGAAGCGCUUAGCUACGAGGCAGAAGUUAAGGAUUUGAUAAAUGAGCACGCUCAGGGAAUGUUCAGUCAAAUAUUGAACAAAGUGCUUUUGGUGUUUGAGUACCUGAGCGAAAAUAUCGGGGAAGAACAUUUGUUACCAGUAUUGUCUGUGAUCGGCACAUUUGUGUUCAUUGUCGGGGUCGGUUACUUCAUGGCUUAUUUGGUGCGUAUCGAAGAGGAAAAUGUCCAGAAGAAGCAGAGCAGUGGUAACAACAACAACAAUGGCGUGAAACCGGGCGCCUAUGUUCCAGAGUUGAAAUUACAUGAAUUAAGAGCGGAGAAGUAUAACGGAUUGGUUCGAUUGUUAAAGCCUGGAUGCAGGACAAUAGUAUUAGUGACCGAUCUACAGUCUAGAGCCAAUUUAAUUCCUGGUUAUCACAAAGCGGUUUGGCCUUAUAGAAAAAACAAAACGCUCAUGUUUGCUCACAUGUUAAUAGAAAAGGGUCACAGUUGGUAUGCGGAUCUGCUGCGUUUGUCAUUAUCAGAAUCCAGGGAUUUACAGAUAAAUCCCAGAAAUUGCAUCGGAACGGUUCUUGCGUUGAAUGGACAUAGAAAGUAUUUUUGCAUGUAUCAUGCUAAACAUCCCGAGUCGCUGAAGGGUGCCAAGCGAAUGAUCAAAAUGACUCGACACUUGACUCGAUCAUCAUCUGACCCGGAAGCUGGCGCUUUUCUGGGAUUGAACAGUGAUACAGAAGACACAGACAUUGAUGAUAGUGAUACCAAAAUACUGUUGGAAGAGAACCUGCUGGACGGACUGAGCAAUUGGCUGGACCGUUUAUUCGAAGGUACGACACAUCGUUACUACAUUAACUACUGGCCCGAUUUUACUACGAAAUAAAAUCAGAAUUUGAAUGUUCUGACGGGGGGCAUAUCUAGACAAAACAUGGGACAAAUGGGAAGACAAAUGGAACUGUGUCUCGUUAUUCGAUUCUUUUCAAAUCAUUCAGUCAUUUUAAGCUAAUUUGUUGUUCUCUUUCUUGUAAUUUAAUUUUUUAAAUUUGUCGGUUGAAAAGAGAAGGGGACUACCUUUUCUUUGUUACGUGAGCCUGUAUAGGAGGCUGUUGUUCAUAAUUUAUUUUAUAUUGUAAUUCUAGUCAAUUUUGUGCGUUCAUUAUAUUUAUUAGGGGUCAAUGUUACUAUUGUUCUGUACGGCUAUGUCAUCUGUUAUCGCUAGGGACAACAUAAAAUAAUUAAUUCACACUGUCUCAUACGGUCUGAUA